AUGAACGGCGGAGAUUUGAACCAGCAGCAACAGAUGCAGCAGCAGCAGCAGCAGUGGGCGGCGAUGCAGCAGUAUCAGCACCAGUGGAUGGCGAUGCAGUAUCCGGCGGUGGUGAUGCACCAGCCCAUGAUGUACAACCAACAUUACGUGCCGUACUACCCCCAGCAGUACCAGCCGCAUCCUCAGGCGGCGCCGAGGCAGAGCAAUCAGCAGAUUCAGACUUCGGGGGAAGAAAACAGGACGAUCUGGAUCGGAGAUCUCCUGCCGUGGAUGGAUGAAAGCUAUCUCAGGUCUUGUUUUUCCCAAACUGGAGAGAUAUUUGUGGGAGGACUUGACUCUGAUGUCACUGAUGAAGAACUAAGAGGGUCUUUUAUUGCAUUUGGUGAAGUUAUAUCUGUCAAGAUACCAGCUGGAAAGGGAUGUGGUUUUGUACAAUUUGCAGACAGAAAUAGUGCUGAGGAAGCAAUUCAAAGACUAAAUGGAUCAGUUAUUGGCAAGCAGACAGUUCGCCUUUCUUGGGGUCGGAGCCCCGCCAAUAAGCAGUGGAAUGGGGCUCACUAUGGGAGGCAAAAUUACAAUGGGUAUGCUGGUGCAGACUUUGGCGCAUAUUCGAACGGCAACUUGAACCAUCAGCAGCCAGUCCUCGCUGUCCUGGUUGUGACUUCUUCGACUUUCACGAUUGUUAGUGCAAACAAGGGGUGCUCGUGCCCGAGCCGAAAUGCUAGCCACCCGAGAACCAUCGUGGUCGGUGGAUCCAACAACUGGGAAUUCAAUGCUACUAACUACACAAUGUGGGCUUUUCGUAACGGGCCCUACUUUGAGGGGGACAGUCUUGGGUACGUACCGAUUAAAUUAAUGAAUAACAAAUAUCACGAUAUUGGAAAUUGA